CGUUGCCCUCAGCAGUGUAUCAACCGACUGGGUUGAUUAUAUACACGUUAUAUAGUGAAGCCCCACCUCUUUUUAAAGGACGGGCAAAAUUUGAGUCAAGUUUGCAAUAAUUUGUAAGUAAUCAAACAAGUCUGAUGUUUGGCCUUCAGAAGUCAAUACCCUUGAAUAGGAAUAGCUGAAUGGAGCGUGUGGAAGCCGAUAUCCACUAUUUCGAGUUACGUCUGGUUUUGUGUUGAACGUCAGCGAAAUACGCACGAAGCAUUUGCAUAAUUAAUACCCCCCAGAAAUGGGUAGCGAUGUUAUAUAUAGACAGGAGCUUAAACCAAAGUGGAUAGUCAUUCAAGAAGAUGCUGUAUACUCUGAACGUUUCUUAAAUUUUCUAUAUAGCUCCUUCAGUUUCUUGGUUGUCGGCAGUAAUAGAACUUUACAGAAAGAAUUUACAGUUUACCAGCCCUUCCAACCGGAAACACCUUAUUUCUGUACGCCCUGUUACGUUAUUUUUUCCCAGAUGACGAGAAAUUCGACCAAAACAAUAACCAAUCAGCAUCAACAUAUUCUCAACAAGAAAAGCCUCCUGAAAUCUUGGAGCUUGAUGUCGUCGAUUCGGGCACGGGACAAGUUUUAUUGCAAUCAACUUUACGGACGAACGACUGGUCAACAACUUGCACAUCAAGAAAACAAAUUUACAAAAUUGAAGAAAGAUGAUGCACAUCCUGUUUUGAUGGGACCAUCUGGUAGUCCUUCGCGUGCCUCAGACAUCCUCUUCGAUUUACCUGACAAAUGAAACACUGUCUGAUGUAGUGACGCGUCAGAACCGUCCAAUACUCAAUCUGCUGGCACAAGCGCAAUCACAAGGCGCUCCGGGUCCCCCAGGUCCCCCUGGACUUCCAGGCAAUCCCGGUGCUCCUGGACUUACAAUCGCUCCCGGUCUUGGCCCUGGAAUAGGAAAAACACUUUCGAAUAUGAUAUUGUUAUGUCUUAAAGUGUUUGAAAUUAAGUAAGUAGUGUCUAAUUUGGCUGCUCGUUAAAUUUCUUCACUGCCGAUUUUCAAAACGUCCAAGACAUCUUUUAUUUUGUUUAUUUCAAAACCCAACGCUUGUUUGUAAUUGUCGUUACAUUCACCUUAUCAAUUUGAAAUAGAAAACUUGCAUUUUUGUAA